UCUCCUAACAAGCAAGCUAGUCCCUCAUACUUUAAUUUUAUUUUUCCUCCUUUAAUAUUCCAAUUCCUUUGAUGAACAAACAAGUUACCACAGUUUAUCACAUCCCGAUUGUACCCUCGAAUGCUAAACCCUCCUACCCCUACGCAGUAAAAGAAUCCUCACCCCGCCCUUCGGGGCUCUCGGAAUCUGCCUCCCUUCUGCUUCGUUGUCUCCCUGUUUGCCCCUUCUGCGACCCUUCAAUAAACGAGCAGGAUUUCAGCAGCCCGAGUGUCCCUCCCGUUCUUCUGGUGGACCCUCAGAUGUACCAGCUAUCCGAGCUUCGUGCCGAGUGCCUAAAAGCCCCCACGGCUCGGCAAGUGGCUGCCCGAACAGGGACGGACACCAGCGGGUCCAGUCCUUGACCGUCUCCUGGAGAUUGCCUGCUCUGUGACCAGCCUUCUCCAGGAUUGCAAGUGGCGUUCGGGACCAGUUUCCUGGGACAGUCGCCCUUUCAGUUCGGAAGGCUUCUGUCUCCUGGGUUCUGCUGAUAACCGACGGACCUUCGAGCUGCGCGGCAGCAGCAACGCCCUCGGACCAGCAGAAGUUCCACCAGACCCCUCUUCGAUGUCCCCGUUUUAUGCCUGUGUCCUUCAGAGUCCCCCAUGAUUUAAGGUAUAUUGCUAAGGCACUGUUUGCUCCCACCGAAUGCGACCUCUGGGAGAUUCAUUGGAAAAAACUGUUGAAACCACUCCUGCGCAAGUAUGAUCUCGCAGAGGUGGUGGGAGAGGGGGAUGAGGCAAUGGAAGCCCUUGCUGGAGAAGGGGAGUUCAGCAGUCCGGAGGACCAAAUUCUACUAGCACAGGAGCUGCUUCAGGACAUAGCAGCAGCGGGAAAGGAGGCACUCCUGAAGAUACCGGAUGCGACAAGGGUACCAGCCAGCGGGAAACUGGCGGCGAAGCGCGAGGAAGGGCCGCGCGACGACACCAAGUGGCCCUUCUCAGCAUCCCAGCCUCCCGACCAUCAGGGAGGACGAGUGGCCGCGCGGCCAAGUCCAGCAGUUCAGCGCAGCCACGAGGACGGACUCCGCCUCUUCCGCCGGACAGGUACCCUAAAUCAGGGCAAUCAUCAGGUCCUCCGCAGCAGCGUCACCAUCUCUCUCCAGGAUGAGGACCUGACGAGAAUUCCUGCUGGGUUCCUGGGCCCCCUCCACGACUGUCGGGACACCACCGUGCUCAUCUUAGAAGACUCCUUCAACACGCCAAAUGAAAUCACCAUCUUACCUGAGGUAGUGUGUUUUCCACCAGGAGAGGAGAUCACCGUCUCCGUCAUUUGUAACCACCCACCAUUUACUUUAAGGAAAGGCGAUCCUUUUGCUUUGCUUUACGUACUGGACACCCACGAUGACCCGGACACAGAGAGACAUGUUUUCUUCACCCAAAAUGUAUGUAAAGAAAGACCAUUAAUUGAUGCCAAACUUUCUUUCCAGGGAAAGUCGGUGCAGAUGCGGCUCAUGGCAGACACAGGAGCUGACGUGACCAUCAUCCCCCAGGUGAGGUGGCCCAGCGACUGGGAGCUUGUGCCCCCUUGCGGCAGGAUCUCCGGUGUGGGCGGAGCGGUCCACUCUCUGAGGAGUAGGCAUCUUGUGUGCGUGGAAGGUCCGGAAGGACAAUUGGCAACGACUUUUGUAGCGCAGAUUUUAUCACCUGUGCGUCGGCUUUUCCCUGAGGCCAUCAUCCUGCAUGACAUGGAUGAUGUGCUAGUUUGUGCUUCCGACUCGACAUACCUAAAGGCAACACUGGACAAGACUAUUAAGGCUAUCAAAGCUGCAGGGCUCCAGAUAGCAGAAGAGAAGAUCCAAUUCUCAGCACCAUGGAGGUACCUCGGAUUCCUCAUCGCAGGAAGGACAGUGACGCCACAGACACUGACCAUCAACAAGGAUCCGAAGACUCUGCGAGACCUUCAGCAGCUGUGCGGAACGAUCACCUGGAUCCGCCCCCUCCUGGGACUGACGACUGAGGAGCUGUCACCUCUCUUCUGUCUGCUUCGAGGCGACGGAGACCUCGCCUCACCACGCGAGCUGACACCUGCCGCGCGGGAAGCCCUGCAACGGGUUGCUGUUGCUCUGAAGUCUCGCCAGGCACACCGCGUGGUCCGGACCCUUCCCGUGAACUUCGCGGUGUUGGACGCUGAGGAUAACUACCGCCUUGAGGACACCUCUGAAACAUCUGAUGCUCCUGAUCGUCAUCAUCUGGCUGUCACCGGUCAGGAGCUGGAUAGUCCCACAGCUGAGAGAAAACAUAUGGGUCACGCUGGCGAAGUCCUUGAAGCAGGACAACUUCUGUAUGGCCAUGGGAAGUGUGGACAAUCCGUUAUCCACGUGCCUGGUAGGAGUCCCCCUGUCGCCAAACGACUAUCCAUAUGCAGGAAAAAAACCUAAUCCUGUGGACACCUGGGAUGAGUGGACGAGGAUUCUGCCAUAUGCACCACAGGAGCCCCAAGAAUUGGACCUAUUGGGCUCCUCUCAGGCAACAUAUUGUGUCAGGUUUAGGUACCAGCCCUCCCAGAAAGACUGGGAUCAAAUGGCUAAACUCCACCCCGCUGGUACCCAAGAAGUAAAAAGACACGAUGUAUCUCCCCACGAUGGGAGAUACCAUGCAGCAAAUUGGUGCAAUUACACCUCGACCAUGGUAUCUAGGUCCUCCUCAGUUCCCAGGGUGCUCCCCAGGGGGUUUUUCUCAUCUGCGGCGACAGGGUGUGGGCAGGGAUUCCCUCCCAAAUCCAGGGAGGCCCCUGCAGCCUUGGGCAGCUUACCACACUGACACCGAACAAAACCCAAAUUUUAAAUUGGAAAAACGAAAAUAAAUUGGCUCGCAAAAAGAGAUCCUAUAACCAAUUCGACGAAAAUUGUGAUUCAAAAAUUUACAAUUGGGGAAAGACGAAGAGAGUCACGGUAUCCAUAUUUUUACCAUGGUAUGCCACAGCAAAGGCCCUCGGUGAGCUUUCUCACCUCGAGUGUUGGCUCAGUAAGCAGGCCAACGCCACGUCCGCUGCCCUUUCCGACUUGCUAGCGGACGAAGAAGUCACCCGGCACGCCACACUGCAAAAUAGGGCUGCUAUUGACUUCUUACUGCUCGCCCAUGGCCACGGCUGUGAGGACUUGGAAGGAAUGUGCUGCUUCAAUCUGGCAUCAAAGAGCACAUCCAUCCAAGCUAAUAUCCAGCGGAUCCGAGAGCAAGUUGACGACCUCAAGACUGAGACCUCGACUGUAGAUCCUGUGAAUAAACUGCUGUCUCAA